CUAGUGGGAUUCUGGCUAUUGACAAGGCUAGGGAGCCCAUCACCUUAGUACUGGCAGAAGAUGGCACCAUUGUGGAUGAUGAAGAUUACUUUUUGUGUCUGCCGUCUAACACCAAGUUUGUGGCACUGGCCAAGAAUGAGAAAUGGUCCAGCAAAAGCUUAGACAGUGGAACGGCCUGGCUCUCGGAGUCUGUGGAUGAAGUGGACAGUGCUGCAGAGAAGUGGAAGCAGCUGGCCAGGCAGCUGAAGGAUGACCUGUCUAAUAUCAUCUUGAUGUCUGAAGAAGACCUCCAGGUGCUUAUUGAUGUACCACGUGCAGACCUGGCAGAAGAACUUGCCCAAAGUCAAACCAAAAUCCAAGUAUUACAGGACACCCUGCAGCAGGUGCUGGACAGACGAGAAGAAGAACGCCAGUCAAGACAGCUCCUGGAACUCUACCUAGAGGCCUUGAAAAAUGAAGACAGUAUCUUAAGCAAAGUAGCAGAAUCUGAGACUGUACCAGGAAAGGAGAUGGAUGUGGUUGACACAGGUACCAGCAGUACAGGCACUUCAGCCAAAACGGCGCUCAGUGACCAGAUCCUCGCUGCUCUGAAAGAAAAGCCUGCUCCAGAGCUCUGCUUGGACAGCCAGGAUCUAGAGCUGGUCUUGAAAGAAGACACGCAAGCCCUGGCCUCGGCUCUAAGAUGGGACAAGCAGAAGGCUGAAGCUCUGCAGCAAGCCUGUGAUCAGGAGCUCUCCAAGCGUCUACAACAAGUGCAGACUUUGCAUUCCCUAAGGAGCACGUCAAAGGGCAAGAAAACAUUACCCUGGGGAGACUGGCAUAGUUCAAAACGCAAAAAAUAA